AUGGCGCUUGAAGACGAGAAAUAUGCAAUAGAGACACCUUAUGAUGCGUUUAUCUGUUACAAUGAAUGGGCGACCGAGAGGCUCAAGGUGCAGAUCAUUACCGAUUUUGUAUACGAGUAUCCGGAUGACGGAUAUGAGACCGAAAGAGGCGUAUACAUUGCAGAAGAUGUGACGCCACAUACAGAAGUAUUUAGUAUUCCACUUGACUCGACAUUUACAUUCAAGUGUCUUGAGAAGAACGAGGUGUUACAACGAAUGGCAUUCUUUCAGCAGCUCACACUUGAACAAGAGGACGAUCAAUUGGCACUUGCUCUGCUUUAUGAGAAGUAUAUACAAGGCAGUAAAUCUACGUGGUUUACACACAUUAAAGUACUGCCCACGACGUACCAUAAUGUACUGUACUUUGAGCAGGACCAACUUAGGGCAUUACAAGGCAGUAAUUUGUUUUCUAUUGCCCAGCAGAUGGAAGAAAAAGUUGCAGAAGAUUAUAGGAGACUCAAAGAAUCUGUAUUGCUGGAGUUAUUUGAGAAGGUCAAGGAAGCCAUUGAUUUUGACAAGUUUGGUGAGUUUUUCUCCUUUGACAACUACAAGUGGGCGCUCUCGACGAUCUGGAGCCGUUUUGUGUCAUUACGGCUUGACGAAGCUUUACCUUUGUUAGAGGAAGAACAUGGACUUAUGGAGGAAAACAGGACGUUGAUGAUGGAGAGUAUUAACGGCUUGACGGCCAAGCAAUCGUUCAAGGCGAUGGUACCCGUGUUUGACAUGUUGAACCAUGACCCUGAAGCAGAGAUGUCCCACUUUUUCGAUACGGCGAGUCAACGAUUCAAGCUUGUGAGCUACCAACACUGGAAUGCAGGUGCGCAGAUGUUCAUUAAUUAUGGACCUCUGUCGAAUCACAAGCUGCUGUCGUUGUAUGGCUUUGUGAUUAUUGGAAACCAGUAUGAUGCUGUGGAGAUGUGGCUGCCGAUGGACGAAGGGUCUACGAAACUCUUUGAAGAAAAAGAGCACUUGCUGCUCACCAGUGGAUUGGAUCAUGCUACAAACCCGUUUGAACUUGUUGCAGACGAAAGCAACGACUUGCUUUUAAUAGCUGCUCGGGUCCAGGAGAUUGACUGCGAAACAGCCGAAGAGUUUGAGGCACUAGCAAAGAGAGCGCUAGAUGGGGAGAUGGUGAGUAUAGAGAAUGAGCAGGUAGCGCUUACGCGUUUGAUCUACACGCUUGAGAAGAUGCUGGAGGCUUUUCCAACCUCGAUCGAAGAAGAUGACAAGUUGCUCGAGUCUUGGAAAAAUGACCAGGGUGAGCAGAGCGCCGAGCCAAGCGAAAGUCUAAACCACGAGUGGAUGGCAGUUGUCGUUCGCCGGUCAGAUAAGUACAUUCUCACCGAAAACAUCAAUAUGCUCAAAUGGAAAUUGCUGGAUAUUCUUCCAACAAAGUAA